GCUAGCGGGCGCUGCUGGUUCGGCGAGUUGGAACCGAAUCGAAGACAAGCACAGGUGGAUGAGACGGGAUGUCGGAUGAAGCGCUAUAUCCGAACACACCGACAGGUGCAGUACGCUGGAGUCAAGACUGAGUGCCAGUUUGGGAUCUAGGCCCCCCGUGCUUUCAGACAGUUCCCUGUAAAUCCCGAAGCUGCACUUGAGCCAAGAUGUCCUGCUUCCGAGAGAAUUUCUGGGGGGAGAGGAACGCUGGGUUCGACGUCCUUUAUCAUAACAUGAAGCAUGGGCAGAUUUCCACCAAGGAGCUGGCGGAGUUUGUCCGUGAGAGGGCUGCAGUGGAGGACAGCUACUCCAAGUCUAUGAGCAAACUCUCCAAGAUGGCGAGCAGCAGCAGCCAGCUCGGAACGUUUGCGCCCAUGUGGGAGGUGUUCCGCGUCUCCUCGGACAAGCUGGCGCUGUGCCACCUGGAGCUCACGAGGAAGCUGAGCGACCUCAUCCGGGAGAUCAACAAGUACGGGGACGAGCAGGUCAAAGUUCACCGCAAGACUAAGGAGGAGGUGACGGGCACUCUGGAGGCUGUGCAGAGCAUGCAGGUCUCCAGCAGCCACAUGCACAAGGCCAGGGAGAGCUACCUGAGCCGGUGUGUGGAGCUCGAGCGACUCCACAAGGAGGGAGCCAACCAAAAGGAGGUGGAGAAGUGCAAGUUCCUGUAUCCCUUGUUGACACUCCGGUAA